AUGCCAAAGAUAAAGACAAAGAGAACGAAGAAGGCACCUGUAGGAUGGGAACUCAUUUCACCUACACUUGACGAAUUCAAUCAAAAGAUGAGAGAUGCUGAAAAUGAGCCACAUGAAGGAAAGAGAAAGACAGAGAUAAUGUGGCCAAUAUUUAGGAUACAUCAUCAACAAUCGCGAUAUAUAUACGAGAUGUUCUAUAAGAAGAAUGAGAUCACUCGAGAACUCUAUGAGUAUUGUCUGAACGAAGGUCAUGCUGACAAGAAUCUGAUCGCCAAGUGGAAGAAGAACGGAUACGAGCGACUGUGCUGUCUGCCCUGCAUUCAAACCAAGGAUCACAACUUUGCCACAUGUAUCUGUAGAAUACCCAAGGACAAGCUGGACGAUGGACGCAUUGUGGAAUGCGUAUCUUGUGGAUGUAAGGGUUGCGCGACUGGUGAUUAA